AUGGCGGGAAGAAGCCAAAAUGGAAAGCAGCCAGCAUCAGCUGCAACGAAUUUCAUCGCCGGUGGAGCAGCAGGUAUGAUGGAAGCGCUGGCAUGUCAUCCGCUCGACACGAUAAAAGUGCGAAUGCAACUGUCACGACGGGGACGAGCACCAGGGACAAAACGACGUGGAUUCAUAAAGACUGGCGCGGAAAUUGUCCGCAAAGAAACACCACUAGCAUUAUAUAAAGGUCUCGGAGCCGUUCUGACGGGAAUCGUACCCAAAAUGGCGAUUCGAUUCACCUCGUACGAAUGGUAUAAACAACUGUUAGCAGAUAAGGAGACAAAAGUCGUCAGCGGACGAGCGACCUUUCUGGCUGGACUUUUGGCAGGCGUGACAGAAGCCGUGGCCGUCGUGACGCCUAUGGAAGUCGUCAAGAUUCGACUCCAAGCACAACAUCACUCGAUGGCCGAUCCACUAGACAUUCCAAAAUACCGCAACGCCGCACACGCCUUGUUCCUCCUGCUCAGAGAAGAGGGCGUUGGGUCGUUAUACCGUGGUGUGACACUGACAGCGCUGCGACAAGGAACAAAUCAAGCUGUAAAUUUCACGGCAUACAGCUACUUCAAGCAAUGGCUCAAAGAAGCACAACCCGCGUACGCAAACACAGAACUGCCGUCCUACCAGACCAUGGUCAUCGGUCUCAUCUCUGGCGCCAUGGGCCCCUUGUCCAACGCCCCCAUUGACACGAUCAAAACCCGCCUGCAGAAAACGCCAGGCCUGCCUGGCGAAACUGCCAUGUCGCGCAUCACGACCAUUACGCGAGACAUGUUCAAGCAGGAAGGCUCGCGCGCGUUUUAUAAGGGCAUAACGCCCAGAAUCAUGCGCGUCGCCCCCGGCCAGGCAGUCACGUUUACAGUGUAUGAGUUUAUCAAGGAUAAGCUGGAACAUAGUAAUAUUGCGUUUGUCGGUGGGGGGAAGUAUGAAGAAUGA